AUGACUUGUGAUGAACUGUCACAAUUUUAUGACUCAUUUGAUCGACAAAUCGAUGUUAAUGAUUUUGAAGUUGAUUUUGAACCACAAAGAAAGAAGGCGAAGCAUAAAGAGAAGGAAAUGAACAAAGAGAAGAAAGGCGAGAGAAGGCCUUCCAUUCGUGAAAAGUUGUACCAAAGAGAUAUAGAAAAAGCAAUUGAAAUGUCACUAAUAAAUACACCUUAUGACAGAAAAGAUAAUGAUGUUGGACAAAAUGAAAGCAGUCAUAUCAAAAUAAACAGUGAAGGUAUUGAUGAUGAUGCACGCGACACCUGCGAUGCACGUGACACCUGCGAUGCACGUGACACCUGCGAUAAGAGUAGUGCUAAAGUAAACAAGAUUCAUGACAAUGAUGUCGAAAGUGAUUCCAAUGAAGAGAAAAUUGCGAACCUGAAGAACGGCAAGAAAAUGUCUGGUGGGAGUCAUAUGUUUUCCGAGUCAUCCGACUACAAAUGCACACCUGUUGUUGGUACAAAGGAGAAAAAGUCAUCACCUAUAAAUUCUUCCAAAGAGAACUUUGGACAUUUGAAAAAUGAAGGGAAAAUUUCCACAAUUUCUUGCGUUGGUACAAAGGAGAAAAAGUCAUCACCUAUAAAUUCUUCUAAAGAGAGCGUUAAGCAUAUGAAAAAUGAGGGGACAAUCUCAACAUUUUCUUCACCUAAACUGUUUACAAACAAAACCAGCGGUUCUUUUUUUCUUGGCGGUGUUAAAACUAAGAAUCCAGGUCCGCCAUUACGUGUAGCACUAUCAAGAAACCAUAAGGUUAAACCACUUUACAAUAAAGUUACGCUUUCUCAAUAA